UAAAUUUUUACGACACUCGGGUGACACUCCUUCUCCAGCGUCGUUAGAAUGAAAUUUAAGGAUUUUGUUGUUGAAGACAUGCUCGGCUCUUUUAGACCCCUGUAUUUGUCUCUGAAGACCUUUGGCCAGAUGGUAGUUAGGUUUAAUGUGUUUGAUCUUUUCUAACAUUUCCUUCUGAAAUUUUCUGCACUUCCUCAUUUUGCUCCUUCUCUGGAGGGUUGCAUCUGAAAGUCGUGACUGAGCUGAAGUGUAAGUUGUUUUGGAAAGCCGUGCUGGCUGAGGUGGUUGGGAUGACGCUCUUUAUCUUCGUCAGCAUCACUGCCGCCAUCAGAAAGGAGCACAACACGCACCCAGACCAGGAGGUGAAGGUGUCACUGACGUUCGGGCUAGCCAUAGCCACGCUGGCACAGAGUCUAGGCCACAUCAGUGGCGCGCACCUGAACCUGGCCGUCACCGUCGGCAUGCUGGUCAGCUGUCAGAUCAGCAUCCUCCGUGCCGCCUUCUACAUCCUGGCCCAGAUGCUGGGGGCCACGGUGGCGAGCGGCAUUGUGUACAGCAUCCGGCCCGGAAACGACACCGCGCUCGGGGUCAACGCGGUGAGUGUCCUCUCAUAUCUAAACCUGUACACUAAAUUCAAUCCCAGUCCGUUAGGGUUAAAGAAUCUGAUAUCAACGCUGGCCCAAACAUCAGUGAGCUUCAUUUUACUGAAUCCGCUCUGUAACUUCUCCUAA